AUGGCCUCUUGGGAUUAUCCUUAUUUUCCGCUACAAGCCUUCGAGCUACAUUCACCCGGCUGUUCUCUGCCAUUGCCUCAUCAUAGCUUACACGUCCCGGUGCAACAGAACGCUAAUCACAGCCCGCAGUUUAAGCAGUCUACUAGGACCAUCACGAAAUCGCGACGCUAUCAACCUCCACCACCACAACUAUUAAGAAUGCGACGAAGUGCUGCGAAUGAGCGAGAACGACGCCGAAUGAACACAUUGAAUGUCGCUUACGAUAAGUUACGUACCGUACUACCCGAAAUGGAUUCCGGUCGUCGCCUGUCGAAAUACGAAACACUUCAAAUGGCUCAACAAUACAUUGCAUGUUUAAUGGAAAUUCUCGGCGAAAAUGCUGGGAAUCAAACCCCAGAAAAGCUUGUACCAUAUGUCCAAAUAGAAGAACGUUCCGGAAUUGUCAGAGAACUGGAUUACGAUGAAAUACUGGUGCAAAUCAACCGCAUCAUGGCUCUUAACAAGAAAGCUGUGACUCCAUUUAGGAUGUGCAUUAAAGGCAUCAACCCACAAAUCUGA